UUCGGGCAGUGCGCUCGCGACACUCGACCGACAGCACACGCCGUACGGGCCAACCAACGCGCGUGUUCCCGCGGUUCGCACGCGAUAUACCGUGGUCGUGGUCGAGGUCGCGGUCCACAACCGAGACCGUUCGUUUAGGAACGUCCACACAGUAAGGAACGAACGCGUGAACAAAGUCCGGGGCGUCGGCUAUUCGUGCACGUCUCCGGGCACUUUUUGCUACCGCUCCGGCAAUGGACCGUCCGCGGGUGGCGACGGACCGGCAGAAAACGGUACGGUCGUCCGAGGGCCGCGCGAACGAGAAGAAACCCGACGGGGACGGCCGCCGAGCCGACGCGGCCGUGCAGAUGAACGAGGAAGACCUUCGGCCGAGGUUCCGGGAUCAGACGGUGCAGGUUCCAACGUCCCGUCUGCCCAGCCACACCAAGAGAUGCGUGCUCACCAUGGACGGUUAUUCAUACGUGAUCGCCGAGAUACCAGCUUAUAAAGUGGCGGGCCCACCAGACUCCGCGGAAGAUAUCGCUGCCAGGAAUAAAGACGACUCAGUGUUCAUGGAUGAAGGCACGAGCGGUUCGCAUGAUUAUGAUCAAAACACCAGACACGGAGCAUUGACAAUUGUCCGUCGCAGUAGUCAGAAAAAAAACACGUACUCAGAAGAAUACAGUAUGGCCUUGUCCAGAGAAGCCGAAUCAAUGUUGGAUGACGUGGAUCUCAGUAUUGAAGGAUUGCCGUCCGUGGAUACAUCAGAAGCGAUUGACAAAGCGGCGCUCAGAUUACGUUGUUUGUUGCGUCAUUUGAGAAAAGGAGAAAUAUCGGCCGAUAUUUUACACAAAAAUUUAUUCUUUGCGGCCAAAGUAUUAGAAACGGCAUUCACUGACGAGGAACCAAACAGUUGCUGCGACAUGAAGAAUAGCGAAGAGGAACAGGUGGAAACUUCGAAGUUAUCGCAGGCGUCGACUACAACGUCCGCGUCCACCGUACCGAUGGUCCGACAGAAACGACUCCGUGCACCCAUAUGGGCAAGACGACUGGCCGCCGAGGAGGACGACGAGCUGUCCGAGGUGCAACCGGACGCGGUACCGCAAGAAGUCAGGGACUGGCUGGCAUCCACGUUCACCAGGCAAAUGGCGUGCACGAGGCGCAAGGGCGACGACAAACCCAAGUUCAAGUCGGUCGCGCACGCCAUCCGGGCCGGCAUCUUCGUGGACCGCAUGUACCGGCGCGUCAUCAACGCGCCACUGAUGACGUUCCCGUCCGACGUGGUCAAAGUACUCAAGAACCUCAAUGACUGGUCAUUCAACGUGUACAAUCUGAGUAAUUAUGGAAGUGGACAACCUAUCAAAUACUUGGGAUAUGACUUGCUCAAUCGUUAUGGAAUAUUUCAAAAAUUUAAAGUACCGUCGGUAGUGAUGGAGAAUUUUCUGUCCAGAAUUGAAGAAGGCUAUUCAAGACAUAAGAAUCCGUAUCACAACAAUUUACAUGGUGCUGAUGUUGCACAAACAGUGCAUUAUAUGCUCUGUCAGACUGGACUAAUGAAUUGGUUGAAUGAUUUGGAAAUAUUCGCAAUGUUAAUAGCUGCUAUUACACAUGACUUUGAACACACUGGAACAACAAAUAAUUUUCAUGUUAUGUCUGGAACAGAAAUCGCUUUAUUAUAUAACGAUCGUGCUGUGCUGGAAAAUUAUCACAUCAGUUCCACGUUCAGAAUUUUAAAAGACGAAGACUGUAACAUAUUGCAAAAUCUUUCCAAAGAAGAAUAUCGUGAAUUCCGAACUUUGGUCAUAGACAUGGUAUUGGCGACCGACAUGAGUUUUCAUUUCCAACAACUGAAGACAAUGAAGACACUGAUAGCAUCACCAGAACCCACGAUCGACAAGUCCAAAGCUAUGUCGAUGGUGUUGCACUGUGCGGAUAUAUCACAUCCUGCUAAACAAUGGGAUCUACACUAUAGAUGGACAUGUCAACUAUUGGAGGAGUUCUUUUUACAAGGCGAUAUGGAAAAGAAAUUAGGGCUCCCGUUUAGUCCGUUAUGCGACAGAAAUAAUACGUUGAUUGCUGAGUCUCAAAUUGGGUUCAUCGAGUUUAUUGUCGAACCUAGCAUGACCGUUUGCAGUGAUAUGUUGGAAUUAAUUUUGGGUCCAAUCAAUCUAGUUAAUCCACCCAAAGAAGCAUCAGUGAAAUCAGUGACUGAAGAAGUCGUGGACACGAAGGAAGAUGAAUCACAUCAGUCCGAUGUAGCCAUCGCAUGCACGGCAAUGAGUUGCAGAAUUGAAGAUACCAAGGACGCCAAAGAAUCAAUUUCGAAAAAUUUAAAUUUGCCAGUUGAAGAGACAAAAGAAAAAGACAAGGAAAUAAACGUCGAAAAAACGGAAAACAAUAAUAAGUUGUAUAAAAUAAAAAAGCCAUGGAACGAGUGUUUGAAUAUAAACAAAAUGAAAUGGAAGCAACAAGCAGCAAGGGAAGCAAAACUGAGAGAAACGAAGACAAAGUACACAAUGAGCGACAUUAGAAUGCCACUUCCUGGCGAAGUUUUACAAGACGAGGAAGCUUCAUUUUCGGCGUUGCCGAGUGGUGAGAAAAAAGAAUGAACCAAUCGGAUAAUUUUUUUUUUCAACCGUUCGACGCGCGACCUGCCCUUUUCCCGUCACCACCGUGUGGUUUUUUUGUACUGAGAUGCACAUAUAAUGCGUUUACAAAUACUCUUAAUAAUUAUAUAUACAUAUAUAAAUAUGUGUGUAUGUAUAUAAACUCUCUGUAAUUGUAAAAAUGUUGCGAUUUCAGACAUAAUAAUUCUAAAAAAAUUUUUUAAAGUAAAUAAUAUUUUCAUAUGUUAUAUGAGCUCAUGUUUAAAUAUCUUCUAAGAACGAGAUGUACUAAUAGACGACCAUAUGUCGCAAGUAUUAUGUUUUAUACUGCAAUCUUAUAAUUAUUAUUAUUAUUAUUCGAAUUAUUUUAUUUGUCUCGUAACGGCGUUUUUAAAGAGUCCAACAACAUUACUAGUAUUACCCUCAAGUAUCAGCCAUUUUUUUUCAGCAAUCAUGCUGUAGGCAUCCUUCGCGUAUUA